GUUCGGUUCCCGCCAAAUGCUCCAACUGGAACCCCGCACAUGUUCCAUUUCUCAGCACCAAGACCCCAAAUCCGAGAGAACACACCAUGGAAGCUGGGGAUAUCAGCCAGUAAGGGAUGGCUUCUAUCUUCAGCCGUCUGCAUGCUGCACACGCCUAGUAGCUGCUGCAGGUUGAAGAGGUGUGGGUGCCCUUUGUGCUUCCCGGGCACCCCCCUCCUCAGAGAGCAAAGAACACGAACACCUGCCGUCUUGAGACCCAACCUCCAACCCCCCCUCCACCGCUUCUGCCCUGAUCUCCAUGCCUCUCGGUGGUUACACUUGUCUUGGGCCUCACGUGUCCGCAUAUCUGUGGUUUUUAUUUCCUUGCUUUGAACGUUUCGAAGCUCUUUUGUGAACAAUCAAGUUCCAAAGCUUAGCUUCCUGUUCACGAUAAACUAGCUACAUAGCUAGCGGCUUCAUCCCAUCUCUUCCCAUCCAUUUGCGGUCAAGCAGCUUGUUGUUCUUUGACCUUUUGCCUUCCCUCUUUUCCCCGCGCACGCGCUGUCAUAGCCACCCUUCAAAAGGCUGGGCCGUCUCCGCUGUCACUGUACAGCAUUGUUGUUGUUGCUGCUGUUGCUGUAGCUAUUGCCGAAUCUAUCUUAUCGUCAAGGUACCUGGCCGUUUGCCGUGAUACAAGUGCGAGCUUGUUGAAUUUCUUGAGCUUUGCCAUUCUCGAUACCGAAUUCCCCCAUCUCUCUCGCCAGCUCUCAGCUCCUCUAGAAUGGCAACCAUGAUCGACAACGACGCCAUCCCCUCCUACAGCCGAACAACUCUCGACGCCCUCUCCCCCGAAGACUUCGAAACAGCUUCCAUUCGCUCCGCCGCUCCCUCGUACACUAGCGACGCUCCCAGUUACCACACCUUAAACCCCCACCCAGACCCAACACCCCCCUAUUCCCCCCCUCCCCCAUCCUCCUCCUCCACAUCUGCUUCUUCCCUCCCCCCCUUACUCCCCCCAUCAACCUCCCCCACUCCCACCCGGGGCCUCCCCCCGGUGCCCACCGGCCCAAUCCCCUCCCCCUCCCUAUCCCUAUCCUCCUUCCGCAUCCCCUCCUGGUCCCCAUCCAACCCCCAAGCGCGUCACUACCACAACGUCGCCCUCCGCCGCGCCGCCUCGUCGUCGACCUCGUCGCCGAACAACGCCUCCCAGGAGACACUGAGAAGAGUCAUGCUGGAGCGCAUAGAGGAGGAGGAGUUCCGCCGGAGAAUCAGACCGUUGGAAGACCCCUAUCUGGUUGGGGAGGCAGCCGCCACGAGGGCGAGGCAGGAGAGGUUGGCGAGGGAGAAUGGGGAUGAUAUCCUGAUUAGGGAGAACAGGAGGUGGGAUUGGUUUCUGAGGCAGAUGAAGGAGCGAGAGGAGCGAGAGGAGAGGAUAAGGCGGUUGGGGGGAGGGGGGGCAAGUGGAGAGGGGAGCGGUGGGAGGACUGGGUUUGGCAUUGUUGGGAGGGGGGGGAGGUUGGCCUUUAGGGUUGGGGGGAGGUCGUGA